AUGGUGAAUGUGUUAGAUUCAUUAGAUGAGGUGAAUAGAGUGGUUGGAGACACACUUUGCAGGCUUGUGGUUAUAAGAUUUGGGGACAGGGACGAUCCACUAUGCAUCCAUGUAGAUGCAGUUCUGGAAAGAAUAUGCCCUACUCUUUCCAAAUAUGUUGAUAUAUAUACUUGUGAAAGAGCCUCUGUUAGAGAGCUUGUGGAUGUAAUGAAGCUAGACUCGCCCCUGAAUAUUAUGUGCUUCUUGAAUAGAAGACAUAUAAAGAUAGAUUGCUCAAGUGGUGAUAACGAUAAGAUAAAUUUUCUUGUAGACGACCCGGAGAUGCUUAUAGAAUUAUUUACCCUAGCUUACAAAGCAGGUGUAAGAGGAAAAGGGAUUAUAAGGUCUCCAUUCAAGAUCAGGGAACUGCAAGGAGGAUUAUAG